UUGCUAGAGGGCGCUAUUUGGAAAUACAGUCGGCGCUGAAUCUGAAGCGGUUUCAGUUGUGAAUGCUUCAAAAAAUGCCCAAAUUUAUCAAUAUGCGUUGCUAAAAUUUGUAAUUCAUGUCGAUGCCUUUUUUUGUAGGUAUCGUCAUGUCCGAAACAAGCAAACGCAAGAGGGAGAGGUUUUCCACAUCAGCUUGUGAGGAUGAACAUGAAGAGGAACAGCCUCCCAAACGAACUAAACAAGAAUGUGAUGGUGACAUAUCUGAAGGGGUUACUGCUGUUCCAGAAAAACCUCCGACAGAAAGCCCAAGUCAGGCAUCCUCUGAUAUCAAUGAUCAUGUGGUCUCAGACUCACGGCCUGCAAAAGCCGAACAUGGUGAUGGUUCAUUGUUGGUUCAGACGCAAGCACAGACACAAGACACAGAGGUUGCUGGCCAAUGCGCCGUAAGUCAUACUGGGUCUGCUGAGCCACAAGAUGAGCCACUUCACAAACUAGAAGAUGACGACUCUGUUCCCAGAGAUCAAACUGACACUGGUGAAAAAGAUUCAGGCGAAGGUAUUGCACGGGCUAAACCAAGCACAGCCUCAGAUCUGCUUGAGUCUGAUUCCCAAAAGUCUACAAUUGAUCAGAAACAUGCAGGCACAAUACAGUGUGAAAAUAACAGUGUGAAGAGUUUCCAAAGUGAAGAAGAGGAAUCAGAACUGGCUGAUUUGAAGAAUGCAACAAGCAUGCCAGCUCUUGAUUCUGUCGAUAUGGAGGCAGCUCAGGCACUGACAUUUCUCAAGCAGUCCGCAUCACCGAUGAAAAGUUCAAAUGCAUCUUCUCUAACUCAUAAGGAUGAGAAAUCGCAUCCAACAAUCAAAAGCAGUACCUCAGUCUACACCGGGAGCAUCCGACGUAAAGGCUUCACCAAGAACAGUCUUGCCAAACAUCAUCUUCAGAAGAGUGUGAUGAAGAAGUUAACCCCGGCGCGAUCCAGCGCUGACACCGACUCGGACAGUCAGCAGGAGAGUUCCUCAUCUGUCUCCCCACAGAGGAUGGUCAUCGACUUGCAACCCACCAGAAAGUCAGCGCGUCAGGCCGCGCAGGAAGACAAAGUGAAACCCUGGAGCACCAUGAUGAAACGGGGGAAGAAAGUAAAACUGGAGAAGAGGUUCCCGAAAAGGGAAGACGGAGAAGAAGGUCAAGAAGAGACUAAGAAGAAGAGAGGAAGAAAAAAGGGAAGCAAAGGUCCAUCACUGGAUGAGGCAGAAGUACAGUUGGCUAAGGAAGCUUGUGACGUGUUGGAGAAAAGUCUUGAGGAGAAUGCAGCCAAGAAUAACCUCUCAGUAGUCAAUGUCAAGAACAUCUUGCAUCAUGUAAUCACUAAUGAGCAUGUGCUGGCCAUGGUUCGUAACACAAUGGAAGAUGAUUCGACUGAAGAUAAACCAAAUUCUUCAGAUCCGUCUGGUAGUAGACCCGUUGUGUUUGAGCCCAAGAUGACCAGAGCAAAGCUGAAAGAAGUCUCUGAAAAGUCUGGAAAAGUUCCCUUCGUCUGGCCAGUCUCUCCUGUCAAGAAGCCCAAGCCUCAGUUCACUGACCUCAACUUCUCCGACUCGGACGACGAUGACGAUGAUGAAUAUAAACCAAGUCAAGAAGAUCUGCUGAAGGAAGAGAGUGAUUAUGAAAGCACCGCAUCCUUUGGGUCUCCCUGCCCAAGCACCCCUCGCUCUUCUCUCAACACCUCCUUCUUGGAAGACCUCGAGGAGGAAGAAAUGGAAGAGGAAACGGAAGAGCCUCCUAGCAGCCCCUCGGAGACCCCUAUGCCGUCAACGAGCACCUCAUCACCAGCCAAAGGGACCCACAUCAGGGCGGUUGCCAUGCCGAUGGGUCCUCCUCUUCCUCGGUCAAGGAACGAGAGGCUGAAGGAGGAUGCUAAGUUUCUGAAGCAGCUGGACGAGUUGGAUCAGGAGAUAGAGCGGUCAGAGGAUACUAUAGCCCAUCGCACCAGGUCCAAGUUCCCCAUUGACAAACCUCUUGAGGAGAUUGAGGCAUCGUUCAUCGCCCCGGACAUCACAGAAGAUAUGUUUGAUACUUGGGAGGAUGCUUUUGAAGAUAAUGAGGAAUGGGUGCGAUGGCUGGCGGGGCUCUACCAUGGACCCAAACUGGAUCCAGAAGUCAGUGAUACUGGUGAAGAUGAUCAGAAUGAUCCGGAGUACAACUUCUUGGCCGAGGAGGAAGCGGUAGACGAAGAGGAUUUCAGGAACGAUAAGACUGUCCGGAUAAGCAAAAAAGAAGUCAAUGAGUUGCUGGAUGAACUGAUUGAUGCUUAUGAAAAUGAGGACUGGGCGGCAGAUUUUGAUAUGCGGCUAUUUGACAAGCCUCCACAGCCAACCUUGUCAGAAAUGAUCACAGCCCAACGCCAGGCCAUCACACCGAAGGAGGGGCCUCAUAAGAGCAAAAAGAUUGUGCAACAACAGCAGCAGCAGCCGCAGCAACAGCUCAUGCUGUUUACUGCAGAUGAGAGAUGUCAGCUACAGCAACAGAUGCAGCAGCAUGUGCAGUUACUGGCUCAGAUCCAUGUACUCAGCCGAGGCAAGGACUCAUUGGAACCACACAUGAACCAAGCCAAACUCUUCCUGAGCGAGUUGGACAUGCUCGCCGGCCGUAGCGAGGCCACCUUCAGGGGACCAUUCACAGGGACUGGUAACCAGCAACUCACAUACCCAACCUCUGCAUUCAGACCGUGCAAUUUAGCUGAUGCCCUGCAGAUAACCGUGCAAGAAGUCACUGUCACCGAGAAAGAGCUUGCCUCGAUAAACUCCAACGAAAAACCCAUUCUACCCAAGGUCAAAACCAAAUCCAACGACAAACCCAGUUCCUCCAAGGUCAAAGCCAGUUGUGUCUACAGUUCACCAACAGAGGGCGCUCAGCGAAUCAUCGCUCAUAGUAGCGUCUUCAUGUUCUCAGAGUUACUGCCUGUCUGCAGCCUGACGGACAAACCGCUGGAGAAGACGAUCUUUGAGAAAUCGGAGGACAUUUUAAUAGUUCUUGGUCUGAUGCAGUACCCAGCUUGCAAAGAUCGGCAGACGCAGUGCAGAAUGAUCUGUCAGAACAUGCUGCCUAUCAAGACAUCGCAGCAAGUCCUGGUGCAUGUCAAGAACGUCUGCAGUAAAAGGCACGCUAACGUCAUCAAGGACUGGCGUAAAGGUGGCCUCAAGCCAACGCUGACACCAACUUGCACACCUGUCCUUCCUGGAAGUGAGAAGGCCCCCGUUGAUAACUUCCAGCUGUACGACAAGAGACCAGAAUGGUUGAAGAAACACAUGUCGGCAUUUUAUCCCAAGCGGUUAGCUCCGUUAACGCCGGCUAUUCAACAAGAGAAACCUCAAAACCAGGAGUCCGGCAGGAUCACUCCAGUCUCCGCGCCUCAAGUCAAAGAAACUGUUUCCAAGGUCAAGCAGCACACGCCCUCCUUCUCAAAGCUGGAUCCAGUGUCUCCCAGUCUUGGGUCAGAAGGACAGCUAAGGAUCCGAACGUUAUUUCCCACAAAAAUUGCACCCAAGGUUUCAAAUAGUGCAAAUGCUCCGAAGGAAGUUUCGCAACCCUCGGUCUUGGUGAUAACUCCUCAACAAGGCGUCAUAAGCACUAUGGGAGGAGCAACAGUGCAGAUUAUCACUUCCUCUGCUGGAGGAUUUACACAAGUAAUAAGCCAGCCGAGUGCUACACAUGCUUUGACCAAUCCCACCGCUGACACCAAAAUCAAUCCCACUUCUGCCACCAAUGUCAACUCCCCGGAUUGCCAUUCGGUUACACCAACUUCAACCCCAGAUACUAGCCCCAAGGCAGCCUCAACAUCCAUCAGUCCCAGUGGUAUCGCGGCCCUACAGAACUUCCAGCCAGUGAAAAGUGAAUGUGUUUCUCAUAUUGGUAAAGGUGACAAUCAGCCGGGUAAAGAGAGAAAAGGACGAGAGGGGAAGAGCAGACAAAUAUCUUCCAAGGCACAAGUCGAGAAGCCUGCAUCCCAUGCAGUUGACUCGAAGCCGUCAAAUCUGAUUACCAAACCGACUCUCAUUGAUGAGAAAUCUUCAACAGGAAACUCAACUGUCAAAACCACAAAAGACUCUGAAAACAAGAACUUUGCAGAUUCAGACAACAGUCCUCCAUCGGUCAAGAAGCUCACGCCUUCCUCAACCAAGUCUUCCCCAACUCCUUCAAUUAAAAGCCCAAGUGCAAAUGAACCAGCCACAAUGAAGGAAAACUCACCAGUGCUCGAGGAGGAGGAGGAUGUGAACAUCCUGAAGGAAACGAGUAGCCCUCCUUCAAGAAGUAAGAGCAGUACCCCUGACUCUUUGAUUGAUGAUGAAGGAGCAGAAGAGGACAAUCUUGAGGAUGCUGUAGCAUCUCCUGGAGAGAACAUCCUGGAGAAUGCAGACUCCAACAGCCAAGAGGUUUCUGACGCAGAGGGCUUGCCCAUCACUCAUCUCAGAGCAGGUGAUGGGAUUACAGAUGCAACGGACAUAGAAAAAGCAUCAAUACUGACCACCAAGAUGGCUGCUAAACGCAUGAAGACUAAGCUGAGACGAGAUUUAGAAUCCACUGUGGUGCUGCUAGACUCGGACAUUGUGUCUAAAGAUCCAAAGAGAGAGGAACGGGAAAUGUCUUUCUCAAGAGCGUACCUCGACAAAGUCAAGGAGAGGUUUUCAGCCGAUCCAGAGAGAUACGUUGAUUUCCUGGGAAUAUUCAACUCAUUUUCACAGGCGCCAGAGAUACCAGCAGAUGAGGUCUACCAGAAGAUUUGUCAGGCGUUGGAGGGUCAUCCAGAUCUGAUUGAAGAUUUCACUGCUUUCUUGCCCACCGACAUCGCCUUAGAAUGUGGAGUGUUGAUGGAGAACCUAGAGUUUGCCAAGGCGAGGAUUUUCCUUCGUCAAGUGGAAGUUCAUUUCCAGAAGAACCCUUCUCAAUUCCAGAAAGUCCUGAGCACAAUCAUGGAGUGGGGAUCCAAUGAUGACCGGACAAAUAAUGAUCUCAAGGAGAGUAUCCUACCCUUACUGAAGGGACAACCUCAUCUGGAGCAGGAGUUCUCACUUCUCUUCCCUGAUGAGAGACCACCUGACAACUACAUGAUGGACUUUGAGGAAAUCAUCAUGGAUGAUGACAAGGAUAAGGAGUAUGACAGCUUUGAAGAGAUUGAAAUCCCAGACAGUGAUGAGGAAAUCCCAAUCACCAAGUCACGUGUCGGUAGACCACCCAACAAGCCUGUGUCUAGUACCCAAGGUUCAUCAGGCCCCAGGCCAUCUACACUCCAUCGCCUCCUGCCUAAAGCUGCCCUGCUGAAGGGAAGAUUGCCCUCCAUCUUGAAGUCACCUGCUAGGAAGAAAUCUGCCUCUGGGUCAAAGAGUCAGCCGUUGGAUCCAUGGCAGGAGCUGAACACUCAUCUCCAGUGCGGAACUCAGGGAUGUAACUGUAGUUGCCAUGAGAAGUCGCAUGACACCUGGGUCCAACGUAAAGUCCGUCACUGUGCCUAUUGCAGUGCCAGGGUUACAAGAAAAGAGCUGAUAAGCUCUUUGAGAGGAUUCACCAUGGGCAGCAAACGAAGAGCUCACCUCCUCACUGGCUCACAGCAACCGGGUACCAGUGAGGAUAGCACUCAGAGUCUCAACCCGAAGAGAGGGUCCGGUCGGAAUCCCUCGGGGAGGAAGACGCAGAAGGUUCACUGGGCGUCGACUGAGGAUGCGGAGCAGGAUGCUGAGGAAGAAGUAGAAGAGGAGGAAGAAGAGGGGACGUACAAUGAUGCCGUGGCACACCUUUCGGUGAUGUGUGACAAUCUGGCCGACUACCUGAACGAGAACCCAUCAGAGGAAGAUGAGGAGGACGGCGAAGACGGGAAAGAGACGGACGUUGAUGAUGACGACGUCAAUGAAGACGACGUCAACGAUGACGAUGAGGAUGAUGAUGUUGAGGAUGGACAGGAUGACGAUGAAUUUGAAGACUUGGACGAUGAGGACGAUCAAGAUGAUAAGGAAGAUGACGACGACGUCGAUGAUGAUGAUGAUGAUGAUGAUGGAGUUGAUGAUGCACCUGUCACUUCAGAGGAGAGUCGAGGAGUUGAAGGAGCCACACCCGAGAGCACCGUCUCACCUAUCACUAGUCAGGGUAGUCACGAUAGCUGUCAGUCUGGGGGGAGUAGCGAGAGUAAGCCCAGCCCACAACCUGAAGUAUCUGCUCCUAGCUCACAAACCACGCUACUAGGGUCAGGGGUCAUACUAGAGGGCAACGGAAGCCGUGCCAACUCGCCGGUCACAUACGAUGAAGACGAUCAAAGCACAGAGGACCACAUGAGGCAGCUGAAGGAACGCCUUGCCGAGGAAAAGACAGAGGAUGGGGAGGGUUCGAACCCACCGUCCGUCAAGAAUUUGAUGUGUGAGGAGACGCUGCCUGAUUCCCCUGUCAGGCACUUUAGCACUGUGGGGAAACAUGAGAAGAUUGACGCAUCUGUGCAAGAAACAAAGCCAAACAAGACCGAUCCAAAGAAAACUCUAUUACCGGAGAUAGUUUCCACUGUUCCUGCAACACAGGACAGUAAUCGCGUAGGUGAUACAGAGAAAGGUCAGAGGUCGUUACCUAGGAAACCAGCAAAGACCAUACGGCGAGUGCAGACUGUCCGACUGACUCACAGUCCCAAAGUGCCGUUUGGAAAAUCGGAGCGUGUGCCGCUGUUUGAAAGUCUGGCCAAGUUGAGAUCGUCUCCAGUUCAAAGUCCCGUUGCAUCAUCGUCAGAACUUGCUGAGGGAAACCUUGAAGAAAAUGCGACUGGUUCGAUUAAAGUGCAAUAUGACGGACAAGCUGUUAAGGCAGUUUCAGUAUCUGUACAAAAACAUGAUGUUCCUGAAAAACUGGCAGAUGAUGCGACAGAAGCUGCUAAAAGUUCGUCUCAAGAGGGCGUGUCUGGGGACGAGUCUUCAAGAUCAACGAAGAGUCCAAUCAGUAAAGACUUGAGAAGUGACUCAGGGAAAGCUGGAGGGACAUUGCUGCUGUCUGCUGCCAACGUGGAUAGAAAGGAUGGGGCGGUGAUUGUCUGGACGAGGGAUGCUGACAGAUUGUUACUGCAAUGGUGUCGUGACAAAGGAGCAACUCAAGAAGUGUUUGAAGAAGUAGCGGAAACACUUGGCGACAAGACAUCUAAACAGGUUGGCGAUAGGUUUGCGACUCUGAUGAAACUGUUUCAGUCUGCCUCACAAAGUGAUGAUGACGAAUCAUCUGAAGACGACAGUGAGAAUUGCGAAGAUGAAGCAUCAGGAGAUGAGGAUAAGCAAGAAUCGGAUGCCCAUGACACAGAUGAUAAGGGUUAGGACAAGAUGUGAAUCUGGGCCCAAUUUCAUGUUUCAGUUGGUAUGUUUUAUAAACAAAAC